AUGCACGGACCGUGCGAAGUAUUAGGUCGACAGUGUUUAAAAUUCCGCAGCUGUGCCUGUCCCAAACGCGACAAGGACAACAACGAAAGACGCAUUGCUCAGGACAUGGUUGAGUCUGGACUGAAUGGCACUGGCCAGGUUCCAACUUCUAAACGACGUCGAGAAGGAGGUGGUGAACGAGCUCAACGUGGGUCACGAAACAACUCUUCGAAUGGUAUAACGCCGAGGGGCAAGGGUUUCAAUGAGAACUGCAACGAACGAGUGAGCCCUACCUACUCAACCAAGCUACCAGUAUACCGUGACCAUCUAAGUGGACUGAGAUUAGACAGUGAUUUCGCCAUGGUGGAUGAUCUCAGAUCUGCCGGCAGUUCGGCCUUUGACGACAGGCAAAACAUGAUCCAACUGAACGGUGAGACUUUUCACGUGAUUCUCAUGCCGGCUUACUUGCCCGGUGGGGCAUCAACUCUGCGCCAGAUGAGGUCAGCCCUGCUGAAGACCUUCUACGCGGCAAAGGACCUCCAGUCAGCUGCCAGUGGCUUCCUUUCGCGCGAUGCGCACGACCAGGAUCAGAAGUUGAUUUCCGACGAGAGUUGUUUCGUGAUUGAGAACAAGCAGUCAUCGAUCUACGAGGACAGUUUCAUACAAUUUAUCCAGAAUGUCGAGGGGAAAGCUGCCUCCCUGAUCAGAGAAAUGCAGACAUCGCCAGGCUAUCAGACGCUCAACCCUUUCAUGAGUGCCAGCUGUUCAACUGAUUCCCAACCCAACUCCACAGCCUCGUUGAAUUCGACUUUGGGAAGUUUGAUGGGGGGUGUUGGUGGUGGCGGUGGUGGGGAUGGCUCCCAACAAGGAGCCCUAGAUAUGCUUGCUUCCCACGUCAACGGAGCGGGCCUUUCUUUGGAUCAACAUAACAAACUGGAUGAGUCAAGCCUGAACUUCCUACAAGCUGGCAUCGCUCCCCUUCGGAACAACUUCUCCUCCCCAUUUCCGGCGCACAAGAUGCCCGCCGACGGCGGUCUGUCUCAGAACCAACAUCAUAACUAUCUCGCUGUGGGAGAACAGGCCUUCACAUAUCCCAUGGGCCUCAGUCAACAACAACAACAGCAGCAACAGCAACAACAACAGAAUCAUCAACCCCACCACCAGCACCAGCAGGCCCGGCGUCUGACAUAUCCUCAGCUGCGUUUGCCCCCGCUGAGCCAAUCCCAACUGAUUGACGGUCUCGCCAACUCAGUUGGGCCCGAGGUCGUGGACGUCUCGCAGCAUGUGCACAGCCUCUUCAGUCCUGCUAAUGGUGGGGGUGAAUUAGCGCCACCCCUAGGAUCUGCAUCAUCCUCCGCCUCCUCCUAUUCUCACUCACUGCUUCAACAGCAAGCGCAUUCCACGUUCCAAGUGAGUUCCUCCUCCGCCUCCUCUGCCAUCCCUGUUGGUCCUCCCAAUUUCCGCCCGCAAACCCAAAAAUCUGUCGGUACCUACCAGUCGGACGUAUUCCUGUCCCCUGACGCCAAUCGUGCCUCUCCGGGCCACCUUCCUCUUCAGCAGGGGCAGCGGUUAUUGGAGACCGCCCAAGCUCUCGUCUGUUCUACUAAAGCUUCCUCACCGACGGCCAGUACGGGCAUCUACAUGAAUCAAAGUAAAAUGUUCGAGGACAUCAGUAGCCGAACUCGGACCAGCACCGACGCCUCGAUGAGCAGUUUAUCUUGUGCCAACUCGUCUCCCAUCUCGACAGCCUCUUCCAGUUACGAGAAGGUGAUCAAGGUGGAGUAG